AUGAAGUCAACAACUGUCCCAACGCUAUCUCUUUUAGAGAAGUUGUGUCUUGGGGUAAAGAUUCUUCUAGUACCCGGGACCAUCGUGGGCAUUCUCAUCCGAGGUCUACCCCUAGCCAUCAAAUACAAAGUCCCAUUAACUCUCUGGUUUAGCUGCAUGGUCGGACGAAUUCUUCUCGGUAACUUCAACCCACGCCAGAUCCAAUUCCUAUCACCACCAACGAUAGAUGCCUACACAGCCUGGGUCAAAAAGCAGCAAGGCCGGGGUCAUCACUCUCGACUAAGUAUCGACAUCGAGCCGCUUACCGGUACUGACGCUUCCAUAUUAUGGAUCGGUAAUCGCAAGAAGGCGUCUAAAUUCGUGCUUUUUCUGCAUGGCGGCGGAUACGUCGCGCCUCCUCUGCCGGGGCACUUCACUUGGUGCUGGGAGGCAUACGUUAAUGAUGGACCUGGGGCGGAGAAAGAUGUUGCUGUUGCGUUUCUGCAGUAUACUCUGGCUCCAGGUAGAAAAUAUCCUGAUCAGCUCCGUCAGGCUUCCGCCGCUCUUAAUCAUGUGCUUCAAAGCGGCGUGAACCCAAGUGAUCUGAUAGUCGGUGGUGACUCGGCUGGAGGGAAUCUGACAGCUCAACUCGCUUAUCACCUCAUACAUCCCAAUCCACCAGUUCCAGAAGUCAAGCUACAGAGCCCACUAGCAGGAAUGUUCUUGGUUUCUCCAUGGCUAAGCGACCGAACAGAUACAGCUUCCUUCAAAAGCUACGGCAAUGUCGACAUGCUUUCUGCAGGCUUACUCCAACACACUUCCAUACACUCAUUCAGUAGUGAGAACCUCAAGCCAAGAGUCAACGAAGCUCACCCCGCCCUCGCCAUGGAUGGAGAUUUAUCUUGGCUCAGUGAUCUCCCAACGAUAACGAAAGCACUCUACGUUACUGUUGGAGGACGCGAGGUCUUUUGUGAUGCAGUCGUCGAAUUUGGGAAAGCUGCUCAGGAGAAAUGUCGAUCGAUUCCUGUACUAUUAGAAGUUGGUGAGCGUGAGUGUCAUGAUUUUAUACUGAUUGAGAACCAAGCAGAGGCGGUGGGAGAUGCUACGGAGAGGAUGAAGAAAUGGGCAUCGGAGAUAUUAGUAGACUAG